CUUUGGGUCCUCCCACCAUGUUCCUUGGAGCCAGGGGGGGGGCCUGCCGGGAGCAGGCCAAGAAGGCAGAGGCCUGCCGGGGCUUGGCAGGGCCUGUCCGGAGUAGCUUCAGGGGCCGCAAGGAGCCGCUGGAGUGCCAAGACAUGGUGGUCCAGAAUGCCCUGUACACGGGGGACCUGGAACAGGUGCAGCGGCACUUCUCGGAGCGGGCUGAAGUCAACCUCACCAUUCUGGCCAAGAGCCAUGAUGACCUGCGCUGGACCAGCCACAAAUGGGGGCUGUGGUCACUGACCUACAAAGAAGAGCUCACCACCCCACUCCACAUCACAGCCAGCCGUGGCUUCGUGGACUGCUUGCGCCACCUGCUGCUGCGGGGAGCAGAUGUGGACCUGGCCCCCGGCGGCCAGACGGCGCUGCAUGUGGCCUGCACAGCUGCCCAGGCCGACUGCGCCAGACUCCUCCUCUCCUUUGGUGCUGACCCCGAGGCGGUCUCUGAGGACGGGUGGAAGCCCCUGCACCUCUGCCAGAGCCCCGAGUCCCUCCAGUGUGCUCGGCUCCUGCUGUGCCACGGGGCCACUGUGAACAGCCCCACGGAGGAGGAGGAGGACACCCCCCUGCACAGGGCGGCUCGGCUGGGCCUGGUGGAACAUGUCCGGCUCCUCCUGAGCUACGGGGCCAGCCUGGAGGCCAGGAACGGGGAGGGGCAGUCCCCCCUGAAUGCCGCCUGUGCCCAGUCCCACCCGGCCCAGGCCAUGGAGGACUACUUCAAAGUGUGCCAGCAGCUGGUGGCCGCCGGUGCCCAGGUGAACUCCACUGACCACGACCGCCAGCGCCCGCUCCACCAGGCCUGCAAGAAUGCCAACCCCCGUGUGGUGGAGCUGCUCCUGGCCCACGGCGCCAACGUCAACAUCAUGAGUUACAGCGGCAACAUGGCCAUGCACAACAUCCUGCAAGCGGCCGCCUACAAGACGGACCACCAGCCGGAGCAGGCGGUGCGCGACCUGCUCAACCACGGGGCCGUGCGGAUCUGGCCAGGAGCCCUUCUCAAGGUGCUUCGCCAUUGCUGUGCUUCCCCGCGGACCAUCGAGGCCCUGCUCAACAGUUACGAGCACGUCCGAGUCACAGAAGAGUGGGCAGACGCUGUCCCUGCUGAACUUGUGCAGAUGCACCCCCGGUUUUUCCAGUCACUCUUCGCCCUGGGCCAGAGGCCCCGAUCCCUGAAGCACCUGGCUCGGUGUGCCCUGCGGAGCUGCCUCGAAGGGAACAUCCUCCGGGCUCUGCCGGAGCUGGGCCUGCCGCCCCCCCUCCAACAGUUCCUGCUACUCCGCUUUGAGGACGUUCUGUACUGAGUCCAACCUCCCACCCUGGGGUCAGGAGGGCGCUGGCUGAAGGGGGCCCCUCGCCCCGGCUGACUCCCUCGAGGGCUGCUGGGCAAGCGAGGCACAGAGAACAGCAGCUGCGACAGGUACACCGCCUCACCUGUCUGCCCCGUUUUGACAAUUGCAGUGUGAUUCUGGGGCUCUUGGCUGGCGGAUCUGCCCUCUGCCCCACAUCAGACUUGACCGUGGCAACCUCCUGUCCUGGAGCUAUGGCCAGUGGCCGGGGGCAUGAGUGGUCCUGUUCCCAGCCGCCCUGGUAGCUUUUAUAGUGAUUUCAGAGUGAUUUCAGCUUUGGCGGCAAUGAGUGGAUGCAGAGGCCGGCUGCCUUCAGAGCAGAGGUUCUUUAUUGGGAUUUCAAGUUCUUUCCAGGCCAGACCGCCCUCUACAGAGCGAAACGCAGCCCUUUUUAUACAGUUUUUCACCCAAUCAGAGGGGGAAGGGGGCAGUCCCCAUCGUAAUACAGAAACAAUCUAAAACAAAGGGGAGGAAGCCGGUCUUUUGCUUUUGCUGAUGGGAUUAAGUCCCAAAAGAAAAGGCUGCACCUUCUUGCCUGAGGCUAGCUCCUUGGGAUUCUGUCAAAGGAAAAUUCACAUUGUCCAAUGGGUCUUCAGAUCUUGCCAGUGGAAAGUUCAAAUAGUCCAAUGGGAAGUAGGGUGACUCUUCCAAACGGCCAAGGCACAUCCCAUCACUUGUAAGUCCAAAAAGUCUUUUGUUUAUGUUGAUGGGUUUACCUGCCAGGCAGGUAACAGGAGAGUGACUGACUUCUGAAACUCUGUCUCAAGCAAGGUAAUAUUACAAGCAAAGCAAUAUCAACGUAUUGUCGAAGGCUUUCACG